CAGUUUCUUCAGAAAUCAAACAUUUUACUGUUGUAAAAAACAAGUCAAGUGGAACUUUUAUUGUAAACCAAACAGAUGAAGUUUCAUUAGAAUGUAGAGCAGAAGCUAACCCAGUCUCGGAUUUAUCUAUAUACAAUACACGUGGCAAGAGGAUAUGGACAGUAAAAAACAGAAAUUUGCUGCUUUACAGCAUAACAAAUGCUUCGUACGAAAACGCAGGCAAAUAUAAAUGUGAAGGCAGAAACAACUACACAAAGGAUAAACCAUCAGUAUCAGAACUGACAAUGAUUGUCAAAUGUUCACCACGACCGUCACUUGAUAGCAUAUUCCCCAAUAAGAUCGCAGCUGCUCAAUAUACAAACAAGACUUUGAACUUUGUUGCUUAUGAAUACUUGGAUGAAGAAAAUAAAACAGAAUUUAUGUGGUUCCACAAAAAUGUUGCAAUCGAAAGAAAUGAUGAAAAAAUUGAAAUAUUCACAAUUGGAUUAAAUUCUAGUCUUUCUGUUAGAAAUAUUACACAAAUAGAUUUUGGAGAAUAUAGUGUCAAAGUGUCAAACACAUUAGGAGAGUAUGUUCAUCAUUUUAUGUUGCAAGCAGAAGAUAAGCCAGAUGUGCCUAUAAAUUUAACGUACGAUACGGGUUCAAUCACUGAAUCAUCAGUAACAUUGGUUUGGACUCCAGGUUUUGAUGGUGGCUUUCCACAGACUUUCAUUUUGUUAUAUCAGUACAGUCAGGAGAAGAAGUGGCAUAGUGUUCAAGUUCAGGAUACAAAUGAACAAGCAAUACACUAUACGUUAACUGGGUUGUUGAGUUCUAAAGUGUAUAAUAUAAAAAUGUUUUCAAUGAAUAAAAAGGGGAACUCUUCCUUUACCCAGAAUCUUCAGAUCACAACUAAAAUGAACGUUAAAACAGCAGACUCACAAUCAUCAGAUAAUGCCGGCAUUAUAGGUGGUAGUAUUUCAGGUGUUGCUGUUGUUAUGAUUGUGAGCAUCCUUGUAGCUGUAUUUUUCUUUAAAAGAAGGAAAUGA